GGAAAUCUCUCCCCCUACUCGAUUUUGAUAGAACAGUCCCGGCGACUGUUAUUCCUUCAGCCUUGGUUGUGCUGGAAGUGCGUCAUAUCAGCUUUUCCAAACCGCUUGACCCUCAAUCCGAACCGCCCAGUCCAGACCCGCGGAACGCCGAGUGAUCUCCAUCCCUCCAUCGUCAUCUAUAUCCUACUAUAAACCGCCUCUCGUCCACCAGCUUCUGCGCAAAAUAGAUUUUCAACUUACGAGCAACGGCCAGCAAGAUCUCUCCUGCUUUGAAAGCAGUUUCUAUCAAAAAAAGGAGUACGACAGUGUACAAAUUCCACUUCGCAUCAACCCCUCUCCGGAAGGCCGCGGAGUCAGAAGAAUCCCGCACCAAAUCCACACCGACUCAAACCCUCUUCAGCGCGGCCGGUCUUUGGGCACGAAUUGCUUCUUGGUGGAUCUAGAUUCGACCGUUUAAACUUCCGGCAUAUUUGAUCUCUCGCUUUUUCUUCUUAUUUUUUCGAAGUUUACUUUUUUUCUGCACUGCCUCCAUCACCAACUCAUCACGCUACCCGCUUCUCUGCUCUCUACCCCCACCCCCUCACUCAAAAUGUGUCGCCAGUACUUUAUGGUCUAUGAAUGGUGCCGGUGUGAAGAAGACGCCGGCCAACAGCUUUGUUCCUCGCGCAACAAUGAGAACAAUUACUGUCCCGAAACGUCUAUCCAGCUGGUCCACAUGCACUGUUUCUGCUACGGACACGCAACCCACGGCUUCAAGUCGGAGCGGAAGUUGCGCAAGCAGGAGCGCAAACAGGAUCGCAAACGUUUCUCGAUGCUGAGCUUUGCGGACAAGAGCGACAGGAGCGACAGAAGCGACAGAAGCGAGCCCAGCGAGUCCAGCGAGUCCAGCGAGCAAAGCCUGCCGACUCCCCGGAAGAAGCGAUGGUCCUUGUUCGCUAGCUUACGGUCGCGGACCUUUUAAGCUGCGUUUGACGUGGCCGAGUGUGUUUUUGCAAUCGUUUGAUUUUCCUUUGUAAUUUGGGGUAUUUUGUGAAUCAUCAGCACCGGUGUUUGGAUGCAUGGAUCAUCUUUCUCCUUUGGGUGGGUUCGGUUCGGGCGUUUCUCGGGCGUUUAUCAUUUGCUUUUAUCAGGGUCGGGCGGGACUUUCAAAUCCCGAUGAGAAAAAGAGACUUCUUCAUACCCCUCUCUUUGGUGUUUUAUUGGGGGUUAUGCCUUGAGGGACACAGUAUGCUAUCAGUUGAGUUGAUCGUGGACUAGAUGGAUGUAAAUAGAUUGGCUGCUCCGAUCAGAUCGGGAGCGAUCUGAUUGUGAUGCGCGAACCCCAGAUGAUGCAUGGAUUAUUUGGCUGCAGCAAUAAGACGAUCGACUAUUGUCUGACCAGUGAUUAUUGGAAACCACAUUGGCCCAGUCAGGGAUGACGGGUCACAUUCUCAACGACUUCCUGCAAGACACACUUGGAAGAACUACUUAUAAAUGCAGCC